AUGCAGUUCUCAGAGGAGACCAAGGAGCGCAUCGCUCGAAUAAUCGAUGUCUCUCGCGUUGCCAUCCACUAUGGCUAUCUCCCUCUGAUCCUCUACCUGGGCUGGUCUCAAAGCACCCCCCGUCCAUCCCUCAUCAGGUUCGAGCUCCUCGCAACUCCCACCGACUGA